GCAGCGUCUCCCCCUCCGUCGGCCGCCGUGGUGCGGUCCAAGGCGGAAGCGGCGCCGGCUCGGAACUGCUCUGCUGCAGCCAUGGCUGCUGGUGUCCCCUGCGCUCUGGUCACUAGCUGCUCCGCCACUUUCACCGGAGACCGGUUGGUGCAAUAUAUCCUCGGAACAGAAGAUGCUGUUGUAGAAGCGAUGUCCACCGAUGCCGUGAGGUUUUACCCCUGGACCAUUGAUAACAAGUACUAUUCAGCAGAGAUCAAUCUGUGUGUGGUGCCAAGCAAGUUCCUAGUCACUGCUGAGAUUGCGGAGUCGGUCCAGGCGUUUGUGGUUUAUUUUGACAGCACACAGAAAUCUGGUCUUGACAGUGUCUCUUCAUGGCUUCCCCUGGCAGAAGCAUGGUUACCUGAAGUGAUGAUCCUGGUCUGUGAUAGAGUGUGUGAAGACGGAGUAAGCCGACAAAAGGCUCAAGAGUGGUGCAUCAAACAUGGCUUUGAGCUGGUAGAGCUCAACCCAGAGGAGCUGCCUGAGGAAGAUGAUGACUUCCCUGAAUCUACAGGUGUGAAGCGAAUUGUACAAGCAUUGAAUGCCAAUGUCUGGUCCAAUGUCGUGAUGAAGAAUGACAGGAGCCAGGGCUUCAGCCUUCUCAACUCACUGGCUGGAGCAAACCACAGCAUUGGAUCAGCAGAGAGCUGUCACUCAGAGGAGCAGGCCCCAUUGCCAGCAGCUGAGAGGAUAGAGUCCCUUCCCGGCCAUCGUGGUGGUGCAUGUGGCUCAGCAAGUGCACAGGUUGACAGCAUUGUGGAUCCCAUGUUAGACCUGGAUAUUCAAGAAUUAGCAAAUCUUACCACUGGAGGAGGAGAUCUGGAGAACUUCGAGAGGCUCUUUUCAAAGUUAAAGGAAAUGAAAGAUAAGGCUGCUACGCUUCCUCAUGAGCAAAGAAAGUUACAUGCAGAAAAGGUGAGAAGACCCAGCAGGUAGCCAAAGCCUUCUGGAUGGCAAUAGGAGGAGACAGAGAUGAGAUCGAAGGCCUUUCUUCGGAUGAAGAGCACUAAAUUCUUCCUGCUAGGUUAGACUGAUACUGAUGCCAGCACUGUGCACUCAAAGUGCUUCCCAUCUCAACCAGGUUCUGCUCCGCCAAGAUUGCCAUUAUUGUGCUGGCCACCUGGACUUUUAGAAAAGAACUAGGGAGAAAUCUUUGUUCCUGGGGCAUAAGUGAAUGAGGAUGAAAUGACAGUAUUAAGACAUCUUGCGUUUACAUUCUUUGUGCGAGGGUAGAAUGAGUCUUAAGAGGUCUGUAGUACAGGAGAGCCAGGUGUCAUAGAGCGCACUGUGAUCCCAGCACAGGGGUGGGGUGGGAGGGUGGGGGAAUGCUGAGGCCAACCUGGGCUCCACAGGAGACCUGCUUCUGUGCUCGAUCACCAGCAUUCCCACUGGCUGAAGGUCUGAAGGCCAAGGGUUUGUGCUGUUUCCUGUGUACUUCCUCUGGUCCCCUCUAAAAGCAAGGCUCUAAGCUAAAAUGGAUGUUGUUGAGACAAAAAGGAGACAUCUGUAGAUCUAGUGUGUGCCCAGUGGGUACGGGGGACAGGUGGCUCAUGGGUUUGUCUCCUUAUAGUUCCUUAUGGACAUUUGUCAGUUAAGUGUCUGAGUUCCUGCCACAAAGAAGUAAAAGUCAGGCAAAGGUUUCCUCCUCUGGGGAGGGUAAACCACCCCUCUCCCUGCUGCAGGGCAAGGGCCCUUAGUGCAGCCCUGUACAGGCCAAAGGAGCAGCGAGUGUUGGUUCUGAGCAUGCUGGUGACAGUGCUCUUCUGACCUAGCACUUUCCCCAUCCAUUUGAGAUUUCAUAGCUGAUUGGAAGCCAGAGAUCACUGUCAGAGCACCACGGGGAGGAGAUACUAUCUCAGUGAUGGUAGCAUUCCAGCAAACAGUGGGUGCUGUUUGCUCUGAGUCCUGGUGUCGCCAUAUCCCUGCUGCCCCCAUUGAUCUUGUAAUCUUUGAGCUUGAGUUUACCCCUUCAGUAGGACUGAUACUUUGAAGUGAGUACAUUAGCCAUUGGUUAAGAAGGAAAAUUAGAGAAGUUGGCUCUGGGUUGCCAGGAAGGCAGAACAUGUUUUUCUUAAAACAUGGAAGAUUUUAGAAAAUAUAUUAGGCCACAUGACUAAGUAAAAAAUAGACUAGAAAAGGCUGUAUUUGAUUUUGCUAACUAACAAAGUCAGGUAAUUAAAAGAUGAUUUAUUUAUAAAA